AUGGACCUGAUCGACAUCCUGUGGAGGCAGGACAUAGACCUGGGCGCGGGGCGCGAGGUGUUUGACUACUACCACCGUCAGAAGGAGCACGAGCUGCAGCGGCAGAGGGUGCAGGCGGAGGAGAAGAGGCUGCAGCAGCAGAGGGUGCAGCAGGAGGCCCUGCUUGCUCAGCUGCAGCUGGACGAGGAGACAGGGGAGUUUGUGCCCCGCCUUGCACCCAGCGGACAGCCACUGCAGACGGCUACCUCCGCUGCACCCUCUCAAGUCACACAGGUACCGUACACACACACAGCUGUCAGUCAUGUCAGGGGCUGGCCACUCCCCUCCCUGCUCUGUAGCUAGGUAACUACCUCAUCCAAUGUAACUAGGGAAACACAGGUGGCUCUGUAGCUAGGUAACUACCUCAUCCAAUGUAACUAGGGAAACACAGGUGGCUCUGUAGCUAGGUAACUACCUCAUCCAAUGUAACUAGGGAAACACAGGUGGCUCUGUAGCUAGGUAACUACCUCAUCCAAUGUAACUAGGGAAACACAGGUGGCUCUGUAGCUAGGUAACUACCUCAUCCAAUGUAACUAGGGAAACACAGGUGGCUCUGUAGCUAGGUAACUACCUCAUCCAAUGUAACUAGGGAAACACAGGUGGCUCUGUAGCUAGGUAACUACCUCAUCCAAUGUAACUAGGGAAACACAGGUGGCUCUGUAGCUAGGUAACUACCUCAUCCAAUGUAACUAGGGAAACAAGGUGGCUCUGUAGCUAGGUAACUACCUCAUCCAAUGUAACUAGGGAAACACAGGUGGCUCUGUAGCUAGGUAACUACCUCAUCCAAUGUAACUAGGGAAACACAGGUGGCUCUGUAGCUAGGUACUCUCAUCCCAAUGUAACUAGGGAAACACAGGUGGCUCUGUAGUUUUGCAUUAGUGGUUUUGGCUGUUUAGAAACAGCUCUGUGAAGAACUUUGUCUAAGGUAGCGCUCUGCUCUCUGUGAAGAGCUUUGUCUAAGGUAGCGCUCUGCUCUCUGUGAAGAACUUUGUCUAAGGUAGCGCUCUGCUCUCUGUGAAGAACUUUGUCUAAGGUAGCGCUCUGCUCUCUGUGAAGAGCUUUGUCUAAGGUAGCGCUCUGCUCUCUGCUCAAAUUCUUACCUAUUCUUUAGCAAAUCAGGCAUUACAAACACAAUGUUGAAAUGGAUGCAGUGUUAGAAUAGAGGGCAUUUAGAUGAAAACCUGAAGUGCUUUGAAUCUUUGCUUUCAGGAUGUCAGCUUCACAGUAGAUGGGGAUGCCAUGUCAUUUGAUGAAUGUAUGCAGCUGCUGGCAGAGACAUUUCCUUUGGUAGAGGCAACUGAGGUAAACAUACAGACAUUCACUAUUACCUUAAAAAUAUGCUUCCAGCGAUUUUUAAUUAAGGGCUGAGGGGGUGUGGUAUACGGCCAAUAUACCACGGCUAAGGGCUGUUCUUACGCACGAUUGGCCAUAUACCACAAACCCCUCGAGGUGCCUUAUUGCUAUUAUAAACUGGUUAGCAACGUAAUUAGAACAGUAAAAAGUAAUUUUUGUUAUACCCGUGGUAUACGGUCUGAUAUACCAUGGCUGUCAGCCAAUCAGCAUUCAGGGCUCAAACCACCCAGUUUAUAAUGAACAAUAUAUAAUGUUGUAUGUAACUGUCUUUUACAGUGUUUCCCCUCCCCUUGCUUGUGUUGUAGACUACCUCUUCCUGUCUGGACGCCCCCGUAGCUCCAGCCCCCAACAGCAGCCACAUCAUGAUGAAAUCUGAUCCGCCAGCUUUGACCCAGCCCCCCCUACUCCCAGCCCCACUGCCCCCACAGAGGACCUCCCCAGAUUUGGAGCUGGCCUGGAUGGAGCUUUUGUCCCUCCCCGAGCUGCAGGUACAAUACGCAUCUUCUACCGCCUCAAUGGCACGGUGCUCUAUGGUGUAACCAACACCCAAAGAAUGUAUGGAUGGCAGCAGCCAGGUAUGCAUGAGAGGACAUACUCACCUUUGUUUGAAUGGGACGCAGUGGAAGAAGAGACAGCUCGGCUAAUUCCACUGUGAUCAGGUUUCACAUAGCACUGUUGCACUCAGAGCAAUGGGAGGGAAGCCUCAAAAAGGUACGAAGCUGCUUGUGUCCUUGGUAGAACAUAAAUAGCUUCUAAUGCUUAGCAGUGGGUGAAGGUAGGACCAUGGAAACAAGCCAGAAAAUACUUUACUUACAGUACAAAUACAAUGCGGAAUUUCAUACAAAAAUGUUUGUCUAAUUUAGGAAUCCCACUUUAUUUUCAAUAUUGAACCUGUGCAAAGUUUCGGCUACUAUUGGGAAUAAAAUAGAAAGGUUUGAAACCAAGGUUUAAUAAAUGCUUAAUAAAACACUGAACAACAGCUAGUCCAUAUGAUGGUUCUAUACUGCAUAUUACAUUAACGUUACAUCUUGAUGUCUGAUAAACUGCAUUGGGUUACUGGAUUUGUUUUGAUGCUUCUGAAUCUUGUUUUCCAGCAAUGCCUGAAUAUGGAAAUGGAAAACACACAGGAGCAGACCGGAGGAUAUCUGCCCACUAACACCACCCCCGAGGUGCAGGAUCCAAACUACAGCUUCUACCCACUGCCCAACCUGGAAGAGGUGGCGUCAAACACAGCAGAUGUCUGCCCACCUGAAUUCAUCAACACCUUUGAGGAGAGCUUUCCCAACAUGGCUCCACUGGACCAUCUCAGUCAGAUGACCCUGAAGGCUCCGGACCUCAGUACUCACUUCAAUGCAGACACUUUCUGUGACAUAUUUUACCCAGAUGUUGUCAACACAAAAGUGACCAGUGUCACCCUGCCUUGUGGCCAAGGAAAUGGAGGUAACUCAUUGGCAGAAAUACCAAACAAGCCUACUUUUACACCAAUGGAAUUACAGGACCUUUCUCCUGGAGAUACAUUUGACAGAGACAUCAAACCUGAGAUAAUGACAGAAUGUCCAGAUUCUGAUUCAGGUGUGUCUGUGGAAGCAAGCUCAUAUUCUAGCUCCCCUGAGAAAUCCGUGUGUGGGGACGGCUCCUUUGGUGGCUACAGCGAUUCAGACAUGGAGGAGAUGGACAGUAACCCUGGGAGUGCACAGUCUGACUACUCCGAGAUGUUCUCACUGUCUUUCCAACCAGAUGGCCUGCAGCCACCUCUUUCCGUGUUACCUCAGCAGCAGGACAAAAAGCCCAAACACGGCAAGACUGAGCCAGAUGACGAGACUGGCCACAGCAAACCCCCCUUCACCAAAGACAAGAAGAGGAGGCGCUCCGAGAAGCGUCUCUCUAGAGAUGAGCAGCGAGCCAAGGCCCUCCGGAUCCCCUUCACCGUGGACAUGAUCAUCAACCUGCCUGUGGAUGACUUCAACGAGAUGAUGUCCAAGCACCAGCUCAACGAGGCCCAGCUGGCCCUGGUCAGAGACAUCCGCCGGCGGGGCAAGAACAAGGUCGCUGCCCAGAACUGCCGCAAGCGCAAGAUGGAGAACAUUGUGGAGCUGGAGUAUGACAUGGACUCGCUGAAGGAGGAGAAGGAGCGACUGCAGACAGAGAAGACCAAGAACGACAGCAGCCUGCAGAAUAUGAAGCAGCAGCUUAACACCCUGUACCUGGAGGUGUUCCGUCUGCUGAGGGAUGAGGAGGGAAAGCCCUACUCCCCGUCGGAGUACUCCCUCCAGCAGACCACCGAUGGCACAGUCUUCCUCGUUCCCCGCAUUAAAAAGACAUUUAUCAAGAAAAAGGACAACUAG